AUGUCAAACACUGUGGAAUUGUGCGAUAGGACCCCUGAUAUUGAGGCUCAGAGAGCUUCGCACGCGACACAAGGUGGUACCGCUAGCGUUGAACCCGCAAGACGAAGCGACAUCGACGAUUCUCAAAAAGUGCUUGAUCAGUUCAGUCAAAUCGUGUCCACGACAACUGUAUCGCUCAUGUCAGACUUUGAAAACACCCAGAAAAGAUUAGGCGUUCUGCUUUUUCUUGAUUAUGACCGAAACACCCAAGAAAUCAAUCGAGUCUAUAGCACACUGUUGACUAGUCGUGUUCCUCCCUCGAGCAGGACUGACAUUGGAAUUGCUACCGAGCUAUAUUUGAAAAGCAAAAAGGCAUAUGAUGACCAUGUUGCUAGAUCCGUUUGUCUCAAUGAGACGGAUGAUAACAUUGAAGCCUCGCAGCCGAUAAUUUCGUCAAACCCUUGGGCCAAUGACUGCGGAGAACCAGUCAAGACUACGAGUAAUCCAUCACGGCGUUCUGAUACACUGCGCUUCUCGACACCACAAAGCUCGAAUGGCAAGAGCGAUCCUAGAGAUGAAUACGAUGGAUAUAUCUGCAAAGUUUCGGCUGCGAUCAUGGGUUUAGAUAAGAUAGACGAUCUAAGUAUGGAAACUCUCCGAGCAGUCCUCGAUCUCAACCGUCAUGAAACCGAAGAAUUUGCGAGUAAUCAAAAUGCGUCCAACCCUCUAGAACUGGCUAUACAAUUAUUACCUUCUGCUUCGCAAUCCUCAAGUUUCAACCACAAACAGCUAAAGACCGGGCGCUCACACCAGAAACACGAAUUGUACACGUAUGAGGAGCGUCUCUCCUUUGCUGUUGUCGGCGGACUUGCAAUUUUAACUCCCAUGACUGUUAUGUCAAUUCUCACCUCGCUAUUUUUCACCACAGUGACAGCAAUAACAUCGGUAAUGAUUUGCGCCUUCCUGUUAGCAAUUUUCAUGAAAGACUCAAGGCUAUCUGAGAUACUUGGAGUUACAGCAGCUUAUGCAGCCGUUCUUGUUGUGUUUGUUGGAGCGAGUAUCGACUCUGAAGAUACCGGCAAUAAGGUGUGGAUCAUCUUUUGGCUUGCUGUUGUGGGGCUAGUUAUGGGUUUUAUGCCUCUGCAUAGAUGCAUUAGAAGAUGGUUUUUGCGUUACCUAAUGCAACUUCCAGGGAUUAAAAGGUGGACUAGAUAUCUUACGUAUUUAGGCGAACGAAGUUAG